UUGAACUUCGUAGACAUGCAGCUCAACAUGUGGUAGCGAGGGUCGCGAGAUGAUGAUGCAAACAAUCGCCGCACAAUAGGAGCAUCAGCAGCGCGCACUGCAUUAGACGAUUAGCAUGUUCUCAGCCAUAGACAAAGGUAUAGAAAAGGCUCACUCUGGCUUCGCUUCCCCCGGUGGUAGACGCUGGUGCUGGCAAUCAGGACAUCGCACACUAUGGUAAAGACACACUCGCAUGCAACCCAGUGGCCAUGCUUGUGCCUGACUCGAAAAUAGUUCAACCCCGCAGCCUUAUCAUGUCUAACAGAGCGCGAGUAGAUCGUACGCGCCUGCGACAGCUCAUCAGGGUGGAAGAACUCCCAUAUUGGCCUGUUGAGCACCUCUGGAGGCAGGUAGCCAAGGAUAUCUUCUAUCGCACUAGAGACGUAGCGGGUGCGGGCAUCAGGAGAGAGAUCUGUCCCCUUUCGUUAGAACCAUAUCAUGAACAGCAGAGAGGGAGGGGGCUGGGGAUGUUGGUUCAAGAGCUGCAAAGGUACAAUAAAAAAGGGGGGGAGGCAAAGGACUUAAGGAAAUGAUUCAACUUGCCAUGGAUAGUGAUGAAGGUAAGUUCCAUUUUUCGUCUCUUGCCGCGCGCUUCUCCCCUUCUUCGACCAUGCCCCAGGAACAGAGGGAAUAUGGGGACGCCCGUUAAAUAGACCUGAGAUAAGACCGUCCGUCACGGAGUUGACAAGAGUUAUAUCACAGUCUUCCUCGUUAACGUCUCACAAACAACGUCACACAACGCAUUGCCUCUCCUCAAGUGUGGCAGAGGAGAAGACGGCGGGCGGGAGCGUAUUGGCCCGAUCUGCACAUCAAACGACUCUCGAUACGGGCUUGACGCACUCUCGACUCAACUCGACGCUGGCCAGAUCUGAUCGUCGCCGCACCCGCUGGGGGAUCCUACCUUUUUUCUUUGGUAACGAAUGCGGAGAGAAGCACCAAAACUUGGACUGAUUCGAUUCUCAAGCUAGACCAGCGCGAAGGUCGGGCAUGAUGUUCUUUAAGCAAGCCGCAAACCAGCUCUCCCCGGAUUUGACAACUCCUAUUUACUCCUGAGAAGUCGGAAAAUAAGAGCUCGCCACUGUUCGUAUCGCAGGAGACUCAUCGCAUUGCCCUGGUCGUCAUGAUAGUUCUCAGUGCAACGCGAUCGUCUGUUUGCUAGUGGUUGUUGUCCAGAAGAUCCGGGCCAGCUUCAUCUCACCCGCAGACGGCGGGCAGGGCAGAAAGAAAAGAAAAGAAAAUGGGCAAAGGAACCUUGCCAACUGUGCCGCCUGCAACCCCCAGCCCUCUCUCU